CAGAUCCCAGAGAUAAAAACAGAAGGCUGGGCGUGGAGAAUUUAGGACAGAAAAAGAGACAGACUGUGGGAGGAAGCGAGUCAGACAUAUUCAGAGACAGAGUGAGGCAGACAGAGACACACAUACAGGGAGAAUUUGGAGGAAAGACAUAGACUCGCACAGAGUGAGGCAGACAGAGAUACACAUACAGGGAGAACACGGAGGAAAGACAUAGACUCGCACACAAACAGUAGAAGGAGAGAGAGGGGCAGACAGACGGACAGAGUUGGAGGUUAGAUGAGAAAACCUCGGUAGAGCAGAGGGAGUCAGGGAGAGCUAGGUUGCCUCCACAGAGACGCUUCAGAGACCGGCCAGCGUGAAGCUGGAAUCACUGCCUUUACCUCAGCCUCUCUCCAAAUCUCUGUGUCUCUCUGGCCACAGCUGACUCUCUCUCCUACCUAUGCUUCGCUGAGUCUGUCGUAGCUCUGCAGGACCAGCCCAGCAGCUCCUCCACAUCCUGCAUGAUGGAGCUACAGCUUCUGCUUCUCACUCUGCUCAUGGCUGCUCCGGGGCUUUCCCAAGAUAACCGCAUUUGGGGGGGCAGCCCAUGCUUCCCCAACUCCCAGCCAUGGCAGGCAGCUCUCUUCGACGGGCCCCAACUGCGCUGUGGGGGUAUCCUGGUCCACCGCCGAUGGGUGCUCACUGCGGGGCACUGCUGGUUUAAUAGGUUGCAUGUGCGCCUGGGGGAACACAAUCUUCGCCGGAAGGAUGGGACCGAGCAGUUCUUCACCAGUAAACGCAGAGUAUUCCACCCCCAGUUCAACCCCCAAAUCAGAGAAAGGGACCAUGACCUCCAGCUGGUGCAGCUGUCCAAGCCGGCCAUCCUGAACAGGGCCGUGAAGCCGGUGCCCCUCGCUGACAGCUGUCCAGUCCCUGGCACCGACUGCCUCAUCUCUGGCUGGGGCACCACCUCCAGCACUGAAGUUUCGAAUCCGGACGAACUUCAGUGCGCCUGGGUGAAAGUAGUGGACCAAGAGCAGUGUCAAGCCAGAUAUGGAGGUGCCAUCAAGGAGGGCAUGUUCUGCGCAGGGAUCCAGGAGGGGGGCAGGGACACCUGCCAGGGGGAUUCAGGAGGCCCCCUGGUUUGUGGGGGUACUCUGGCAGGUGUCACGUCCUGGGGCCAGGAGCCAUGUGGACUCCCCAACUUUCCGGGCAUCUACACCAGAAUCUGUCGCCACCUGGACUGGAUCCGCAGGGUCACGGGAAUCAAAUAGCUCUCAGAGGCUGCUCGGGGGAGCCGCGACGUCUGCACCACAACCUCUCUUUGGGGGACGCUGAUGGGGAUGCCACCCGGAGGAUGCUCAAGGGGGAGGGGUUGGAAAGGAGCCGGAUAACUGGAGAGGGGACCUUUUACUCUGGGACGUCCUUGUGGGCAGGGAACAUGUCCACCACCACCUCUGUUGUAUUGGGCUCUCCCAAGCAUUUUAUACAGUACG